CAGCCCCGGGAGCGGCUUCCGUAAACAGAAUCUGCUGGAGGCUGAGUGGGCUGCUCCCUAACGACUGUGACUUGCAGCAUUGUGCGGCUCCAGCGGCGGGAGGUUACCCCCUAGUAUGAGGAGCAGAGGGUGACACCCCUCACUGACUGCAGCUGCCCCCGGCUAUUCUCACUGCAGGACCAUGCCUUUUGAACCAGAUAAAUCGCAGCCUGCAGAAGAAUCCUCAGAUGACCCCAGCCACAGCGCCGAUGUCACGGACAAAUCAGUGCGGAGGAGAACCCGACAGAGUCCACACAGGGGGAACACCCCACAGGCCAGCCCUCCUCGCUUUGUGUCAGUGGAAGAACUGAUGGACGCAGCCAAAGGGGUCACCAACAUGGCUUUGGCCCAUGAGAUCGUGGUCAAUGGAGGUUUUCAGAUCAAACCCAUGGAGUUGCCUCAGGGAAGCCUAGAAAGAACCGUUCGGGACAUCGUCCAUAAAGCGUUCUGGGAUUGCCUGGAAGCGCAGUUCAAGGAAGACCCGCCUGUGUAUGAUCAUGCCAUCAUAUUACUGGGAGAAAUUAAAGAGACCCUCAUCUCCUUCAUGUUACCUGGUCAUACGCGGCUGAGGAAUCAGAUCAACGAGGUCCUGGACCUAGAGCUCAUCAAACAGGAAGCAGAGAAUGGAGCCCUGGACAUCCCAAAACUGGCUAACUUUACCAUAGGGAUGAUGGGGACUCUGUGUGCACCAGCUCGAGAUGAGGAGGUCAAGAAGCUUCAGGAUAUUAAGGAGCCUGUACCCUUGUUCAGAGCAAUCCUCGCCGUCCUGGAUCUGAUGAAAUUAGAUAUGGCCAACUUUACCAUCAGCAGCAUCCGUCCACAUUUGAUGCAGCAGUCCGUGGAGUACGAGAGGAAGAAAUUCCAGGACUUCUUUGAUAAGAAACCAAAUUCUUUAGAAUUCGUCACAAGUUGGCUCCAGGAAUCGGCUGAUGACGUUCUGGCUAAGGACUCUGCAGCAUCUUCUUCUGGCUCCGUGUGUCCCAUCUCUGUAUUAAAUCAUGCCUACAUGAAACUUCUCACAUGGGACCAUGAACGUAAAGCCUUCCCAGAGACAGUGGUGAUGGACCAGAUCCGAUUUCAGGAGAUGAAGCUGGAGGUGACCCAGCUGACAUUAUUAGGGACUUUGCUCCUGAUAAUACAGAACUCGACUACUCCCGGCAUCGCCAGUCAUACCGCUUUUAUGGACAGAAUGAAGAGUCUCAUCAGACUUUUGUUGGAGGGAGUGGGAACUCCUUCUGUCAGUACAGAGGAGGCCCUGGCCACCAUCAGUGAGAAGGUGUGUGUAGAAUUGAGCGUCUACCUCGGUAGCACAGGCUCUACCCCCUUCUCCACAGAGAGAGAGGAAUCUCUUAAAAGGCAGAUCCGGACUGCGUCGUCUCCCUCCAACCAGAUUUACCGAUUAAUAGACUCCAGGAUCCAGAUGUUUCUUUUGAGCUACCUAUCUGCAGCGAACCAGAGAUCGGUCCCCGUACUUCCAGGCGGGCUAAGUCCAAUCCAAAAAGAACUGGAAGAGAUGGCCGUGAGGUUUGUGCGUCUGGUCAACUACAACAAAAUGGUGUUUAGUCCAUACUAUGACUCGGUCCUGGGCGAGGUCCUAAACAAACAAGAGGUGCAGCCUUGAGCGUGCAGUCGGUCUAUUGAUUGGGAUGAAACGCCGUCUCCUCUGCUCGCCAUUAAAUUGCUUUCAUUGUACAGAACGCCAUGUUCUCUCAACGACACUGGGAACAUUGCAGAAAGCAGAAGCUGAUCUGUGCAGCCUACACUGACCCUGGGCAUACAGCCAAUAUGUCCUAGGCUAUCUCCAUCUGAAUGUACCCGUCUUCAGAUCCUGCACAAAUGCCUGCUGGCUGUGACGUUUUUCUGUGCAUAUGAUAUUUUUGCAUGCUCCUGUCAGCUUUUAAACACUGGUUGCUAUGCCGUUGUCCCUGUAGCAACCCGAUGAAAGGGAAGUAUUAUUCUUUUUAGACUGUAUAUAUUGUCCGAUUUUAGUAUUUCUGUUAAAAGGCAAGCUUAAAGGGGUAUUCCCAUCUCAGACAAUGGGGGCAUAUCGCUAGGACAUGCCCCCAUUGUCUGAUAGGUGCAGGUCCCACCGCUGAGACCCGCACCUAUAUCGAGAAUGGGGCCCCGCAAGUUAAGGAGUGCGCACUGUGCAUGCGCAGCCGUCCUCUAUUCAUUUCUAUGGGGCUGCCGAAAAUAGCCGGGCGCUGGCUCGGCUAUUUUCGUCGGCCCCUUAGAAAUGAAUCGCAGCCUGGGCUGCGCAUUCGCGGUAAGCUCCCAUUCACUUCUAUGGGAGCAGCGCUUAAUGGUGGUGGACGGACUCCGGGAAAUCUAGGGUCCCCCAGCCACAGCUCUCCCCACUCCGUUCUCGUUAUAAGUGCAGGUCCCAUUGCGAUAUGCCCCCAUUGUCGGAGAUAGGAAUACCCCUUUAAGAGUCGAUAAUCACUGAACAUGUCAUUUAGGGCUCAUUCAGACGACCGUAUGUUUUUCUUUUUGCGGGUCCGCAAAGCACAAAUACCGACGUGUGUGUUCUGCAUUUCACAGAACUGAACGGCCAGCCCUAUGAUAGAAAUGUCUAUUCUUGUUCUCCAUUGCGGACAAGAAUAAGACAUCAUGUUCUAUCUUUUUUGUGGGGCCGCGGAAAGGAAGUACGGAUGCGGACAGCACAGUGUGCUGUCCGCAUCUUUUAAAGCCCCAUUGUAAUGAAUGGGUCCGCAUCCGUUGCAGACUCAAAUAUACAGGUUUCUGUAAAGAUAUAUUUCCAUAGAGAAAGCCCUUUAUGUAACUAUGAAUUUGCCAACUGCAAUUUAUAUAAUUAAGCCAAUUUUUGGUUUGACAUUUUUUUUGGGGGGGGGGAGCGGAGUAAAUUUUAAAACUCUUAAUUUGUUAGAUGAAAGUAUGUACUUUACUAAAUUACAUAUAUUCAUCUAAGGCAGGCAUGCUCAACCUGCGGCCCUCCAGGUGUUGCAAAACUACAACUCCCAGCAUGCCUGAUCAGCCCACAAUAGGGCAUUGUGGGAGUUGUAGUUUUACAACAGCUGGAGGGCCGCAGGUUGAGCAUGCCUGGUCUAAGGAGCACUUGUUUGUCUUUUAAAGUAACUUGCGUCUUCCACUUUCACACCAGCCUCACCUUAAUUUAUAUGGAAAUUAGAUAUAUGUAAUUUAGUUUUCAUUCCCCUUUCCCUAGGUGCUGUUUCUCUGUAGAUCAGGGAUGUCAAACUCGUGGCCCUCCAGCUGUUGCAAAACUACAACUCCCAUCAUGCCUGGGCAUACUGCAGCUAUCAGGGAAUGCUGGGAGUUGUAGUUUUGCAACAUCUGGAGGGCCAUGAGUUUGACAUCCAUGCUGUAGAUGUUUAAAAACCUGCUCAGCCACCAAAAAAUCUGUCUAGUGUAAAACAGUAACUGGAUAGUAGGGGAGGGGGAGGGGGGGGGGGGGAGAUGCAGCUGCAGUUUAAAUGAUGCAUUAUGAGGAAGGGCAGUAUAUUUGACUGACACAGAACUCUGAUCACAGCAGGAAGUGCUUCCCGCUCAGCAAGCACAGUAGGAAAAAGAUGCAAAAUCUGCAUUUCUUGCACUAUUCUGGCCACACACUUAAGGCCCAGUUCACAGUUGCGUUUACCAUAUAUGAGAGGCGGCAUUUAUGCCGGAACAGUCCGUCAGAUCAGGAUGCACAGCACACAGACAUCUUAGCUUCUUCACUUUUCUAUCAUCAUCCCCCAACAUGGAGUCCCCACAGUGUUAUCCUGCUGCUCGCUGUGCUCCCCAGUACCCCCAAAUACUAUCCUGAAGAAAUAUCAGU